CGCAAACAUUAAAAUGUGCAACUUGUAACGUUUUAACGUUUUCCGAAGGGAACUCUAUGUGAUGGAUUGUAUUUGAUACGUUUUUAAAUAUCGUAUUUGUCAUAUCAUACUGUCAUAGUACUUCGUUGAUGUCUUGCAGUCGUAGUAGGAGUUUCUUCUGCCCGAGCGGUAAUUGGAGCCAUUAAACGAUGGAGAAUUGCCAUUCACAUCCACCUCCUGUGGGAGUGUGUGUAGUAAAUAAUGUUUCCAACAAUAUACAAUCAUCAUCUUUUUCAAAUACUGACAUUUUUCAAGGAAACCUUCGGAACGUUUCUGUUGAAUUUAAUCCUCCUUUGUACGGUGGUUCCAAAAAUUCCUCUGUGGGAGAUGUCAAGACUACACAGUUUUCAGAUUUUCCUUCUGAAACUUUAGUACCAAAAGACAAUGAUAUUGUUGCACAUUCAUGUGAAUCAGGGGAACCUCAGAUUCUUUACAUUACUGCAGAAAAUGAUGUAAAUACAUCAGACUUUAACAAUUUAGAGACUCAGAUGACAUCUGUUAUUAAUGCUGACUCAGCAAAUAUUCCAGAAGCGUCAUUCUUCACCGAGAAAACCUUACAGUGCGAAAAAUACCAAGAUAUGUGCCGUAUUUGUGCAAAAGAAACUGACAAUUGUAUAUUGGUGUUCAGCAAUGAGGGAUUAGCCCUCAGCCUUGUUGAUAAAAUUCACCAUUGCCUUCCAAUUAAGAUUUCUGAAAAUGAUGGACUUCCUCAACAAAUAUGCAAUUCUUGUGCUUCAAAACUACAGACUUCUUAUGAAUUAUUUAAUAUAAGUGUAGCAGGAGAUGCCAAACUCAAAGCUAUGAGCCUGAUGUUGGCCCAGCUGGACAUGCCAACAGAUAACUGCUGUAUUAUAAAAGAUGGAAGAGCUGAAGAUAAUGAUGCCAUUACAAGGAUAACUAAAAAGCCAAAGCUGCAGGCAUUGGAAUCAUCAUUUCCUACCAAUAGUGUAGCUGACGCCCAACAAACAAUUAUACCAAGUGAAGAAACUGAAAAGAGACCAUGGAGCUGCUCAGAAUGUGAUUAUAAAGCUUCACGACAAACUUCACUCGCAUUGCAUGUGCAAAAUAAACAUAAAAGAGAAAAUGAUGAAAUUCCAGAUAAUAAACUAGAUGAUGCAGUUGCAGAAAAAUUGGAAUACAUUUGUGGAUACUGUGAUAAAUGUUUUGGUUCAGAAGCUAAAUUAAAGAAACACACCCUGCUGCAUACAAAAUUAUCAACCGAAAAACAAUCAGACCCUCGUUCAUGUUCAUUAUGUAAUGAAAAGUUUUCUACGUACAAAAAGCUUCGGGCACAUGUAAAAUGUGCUCACAAUGUAGAGGAAGAGCCUAAGUACAACUGUGAUAGAUGUGAUAAGUCAUAUCGCCUUGCUGGGAGUCUCGAUAUACAUCGUGCAACACAUUCCAACGAAACGCCUUACCUCUGUGAUAUUUGUGGGAAAAGUUUCAAACAUGGUUCUAAUUUACGAUGUCACAAAAGAUCACAUGUAGAAGGGAAACUCACUCAUCGUUUUAGUUGUGACAAAUGUCCUAAAACAUUUCCAUCUAGAUUUCAGCUGAGUGAACAUGCUAAUGUUCACCUGAAUGCAACUCCUUAUGCUUGUGGUGUAUGUGGAAAGAAAUUCCAUCGCAGGAUUCAACUGCGUCAACAUCGAAUUAUACAUAACAGUGAGAGUUCAUAUGAAUGUCCACAGUGUGGCGUGUGUUUUAACCGAAGAGGUAACAUGACUCAACAUAUGAAAAGACAUUCAAAAGAGCGGAAAUUUGUUUGUAAGGUUUGUAAGGAAUCCUUUCAAAGCCUAAGUGAAGUGGUGCAACAUAGACGAGAACACACAGAGAAGGAGUCUUUUACACCGUUAGAAAACGGAGAAUUCUCAUGUUCCAAGUGUGAGAAGUUGUUUUCAAGUGUCAGUGAUUUAGAUGAGCAUACAAAAUCACAUUCUGAUAUAAAAUUUGAGUGUGAGAUUUGCAAUAAGCUGCUUUCCAACCGCAGAACACUGGAUUACCACAUGCGCUGUUUUCAUACACAAGAACGUCCAUUUUCAUGUCAGUACUGUUCUGAGUCAUUUGUAGCUCGUGAAGCUUGCACAGUCCAUGAAAGAAUUCACACUGGUGAGAAGCCAUACUCAUGUUCUGAGUGCAAAAUGAGUUUCCGGUGUUCCAGUAAUCUUGCUCAGCAUCUCAAUACACACAGUGAUAACCGACCCUGGGCAUGUGAGCAUUGCCCUAAAAGAUUUAAGAGGAAAGGUAUUUUGUUAGUGCACAUGCGAACCCACACUGGGGAGAAACCAUUCUGCUGUGAUAUAUGUGGUCGGAGAUUCUCACAAAAGAAUGAUAUGCUUAAGCACCAACAUACCCAUUCAUCUGCAAAGCAAACAUUUUUAUGUGUGGACUGUAACUGGCCUUUCCAUACCCGGAAGGAAUUGAACAAACAUCGUAGAACUCACCAUAUACCUACAGAAGUUCAAUCAAACGCUAAUAUUACAAGUGCUCCAUCUAUAGAAUCACAAGCGCUUCUCAUUAGAGAUGAUUUAAGCCAGUUUCCUGUGACUAUCUUGGAAGAGGGAAGUAAUUUAAUUGUUCAUCAAAUUGAAGAUUUGGGAAAAGACACUCAAAUAGUUGAAUUAAAUCCAAAUGAGCCUAAUCCACAAAUAAUUCACUUUACUGAUUCUUUGCUGCAAACUGUUGUACCUCAGUACCAAAUUCUCACUGUUCAAGCACCAAGUGUUCAACAAAUGGUUCAGUUUGAUGUUGGUCCUUCUGUUUCCACUAUUGCUCCCACUCCUACCUCCCAAUCAAAUUGGUAGACCCAUUUGGGAAAAGCUCUUUGAUUUAUUUAGAGUGAGACCUGUGUAUUAAGAAUCCCUCAGGACUAAGGUUUCAAAAUGUUAUACCCAGAUAUUUUUAAUAAAGUAGUUUGAUAUAAUAAAUUUGACUCAGGUUUUCAGAAAAGUUACAUAUGUUACAAGCAGGUAUUUUUACUAAUGAGGUUUCACUGUAUUUUUGUAUUUCUCUUGUGUAUUUUUUGUAUUACAGAAAAA